AUGAAUAUUUCAACAAAAUAAACUUAUGAAUACUACCGCCUGUGAUCAGUGCCUCAAUAAUUUCUAUACGGACUAUUCAUUCCGCAAACUUACGAUUUCAUUAAUAUAAAUAUAUAUUAGAGAGAAAACUUAUUUAUUGUUUGAUUUGCGUUUUAAACUAUCGUUUUUUUAUAAGACAUUUAAAACUGUUAGCCAAUAUACUUCAAUUAUAUUCAUUUAUAGGACUAUUGGAUAUUAAACUUACAAACAAAAUUGUGUUGAUCAAAUCAAGCAUUGUAUCUAUUUUUCCGGUUAAGAUCUUCUUCGUUAGUUGAAGUCUUUUUGGUGUCAUAUUAGCGUUUGUUUUCUAUAUAGUUUUGAAAGUUUGCCACUAUUUAAGUCAAAGACAAAGUUGAGGAAACAAAAACAUUCAACGUGUAAGCAUAGGUGACGUUCUACAGAUAUUAGUUAUUUUAAAUCAUCACUAAGACCCUGUAAACCAGUGGAUGUUAUAUUUUGACCUGUUUUGGGGAAAGUGUUUGCAAAAGAUCCGGAUCUUAAAUGUUUAAGAAGAUCAAAUUACGUUGGUGUUUCAAGUGUGUUUGUUUUCUAAAAUUGAAUAGCAAAUCACGGUGUCAAUCUUUAGAAAAUUAUCGGAUAAUACAAGUAAAUUGAUAAUAUGAGCAUCUAACUGUCAUCAUUGUUACAUACAUAGGUGUACUUUCACAGACGAUACACGGUGUUAUAAUUUCGACAAAAUCGGAUAACACAAGCGAUUCCAUCAUUUGAGCAUCGAACUGUCAUCAACGUUACAUAGCUAAAAUGCUACGCCACAUAUGUUGCAGAAUGAGCAAGCCGUUCACUGUAGUUAUCAUUUUAGCCUACCUUUGUUCGCUGGCGAGGGGAGUGAGCUUUGUAGCCGAAGACCGUGGCGGGAACUCGGUCAUGAGUACCACCGUUAACCCGGCAGUCAGUACAGAUUGUGACAAGGUGUUCCUUCUAAUCGCGACAGGAACUGGAGACUUUACAUACGUGUUUACCAGUGGGAAUACAAACGAUGCAUUUAGUACAGCAGCGGACCCCGACUCUGGUGACAACAAAAUCACAUGUGACACGGCACUUCUCAAUUCAAACUCCUUGACCUCAUACACUCUUGUUGUAACGUUAACAGAUGCAAGCGAUUCAUCCACAACCGAAGAAACUCUCACUGUAGCUGUCACACUACCAACUCUGGGCAAUAGUUGUACCGACAAUACAGGCUGUACGGAAGCGUCCGGAGAAGUGUGUGAAACAGUAUGCAAGAUAGGUCAUGGUGCCGAUUGUGCUUCAAACAUGGGGUCUUGUGUGUCACAUGCCAUCUGUGCCACCACGUGCUCAUGUGACAGCGGUUACCUAGACGACUCUGGACUAUGCAAGGCGGACCUUGACACAACAUGUAGUGCCGACGCCGACUGUGAUACGUCAACUAACGCCGGUGCCGUCUGUGAUACCAAUGCCAGUCCUAACGGCUGCAAGCUAGGCGUCGGAGCCGGCUGCUCCGUCAAUGACAAGUGCGUCACUAACGGUGCUUGUGAAAACAGCGCGUGUUCAUGUGGGAGCGACUUUAAUGCACAGUCAAACCUAUGUACAGCUCAGUCAUCAUCAGGUGUUACGACAUUAACAUGCUACCAUUGCUCCCUGGGCACAAAUUGUGACAAAGAUGACGUCACCGGAAGUACGCAAAGCUCGACAUCAGGGUCCGACAACUGCGUGUACUGCUAUAUCGCCUGGAAUGACACACACGUAGUACGUGGGUGCUUAUCUUCAACGACAGCGGCAUCACAUAACAUCAACAGGUCUGGAUGUGCCGAUGGUUGGAGCGCGGGCCUCUACGGAACCGGAUGUGCCUGCCAGACCGCCCUGUGUAACGAAACGCCGGAAAUGGCUGGAUACAGUAAUACGGCUACUCAAUUGAAUGAUUUCAUGACACAUCUGCUUCUGACAUUUGUUACGUUAUGUGUAUUUUGUUUUGGCAUAUGAGAAAAGAUGACAAUUCAAAUGUUAUAUCUGUAUUAUCCAUAUGCCUUUUGAGUUGUAUGAUAAAGGGAUAUCAAUAUUGACAGUACGCAAAUGUUUCUAUUAAUUAUUCGUUGUACAGUACUUAUCAAAUAUACAUUUACAUGUUGUACUUUGUGUUUGUUUGUGAUGUGUAAUAUAACAUAUGUAUUGUGUAUUAAACCUUAUUUGCCAUGUAUCAUGGAAUGAGUGAAUAAACAUUGUUUGACUUGA